AUGGCUCUACUAGCGACACUUCUAGCGGUAUGUGGACUUUUGGGCUUCACGUGGUGGCUACUAGCUCAUUACAAAGAUGCCAAAGUGCCCACAGUAGUCCACGCCGCCGUGUUCUCGACUUGGGUGUUGGGCUUCCUGGGAUUGCUCUUGCUGCCGAUGGAUCUGGCCACCAACGGCCUCGUCACGAGCUCCCAAUCUGUCGGUAACAUCACGGAGGAGAAAACGACGUUUAGAGAGUAUCUGCUCGUAUGGAGACUACUGUACUGGACUACGUUCCUUAUGAGCUGGGUAGGGCUGCCGUUCCUGGUGGAAUUCCGCCAGAACGGAGAGCUCGAAUUGGACAAACGCGUGUUGAGCUCAAUGAGACACCUGGUCUUCCAUUGGACGGUGUUGGCCGGUGGACUGUGUAUUGUGGCAUUGUACUUGAUCUUAGUGGAUCAUUUGUCAUUGUAUGGCGUGCUGGGACUCGCUAUGGCAGCCAGUAACACUUACGGAUUGCUAUGGGUCAUCGCUCUACUGGGGUACGGACUCGUGGAGAUCCCAAGAGGAUUCUGGGUUCGACGACUGGAUGGAGCACAGCUUCAGAUACUGCACUUUCAAGCAGGCCAAUUGCAGGAUGAACGGAUGGAAGCGAGGUUUGAAUACGACGAUGUAAUCGCGGAUGUUCGCGACGCUUAUCAGCGUAUGAUGCAGGCCGAGAGCGGCGCUAUCAUCCUUACCAGCGACAUGCAGUACAUCAAGACUUGUCUUCUUCAAGUCGUAGCUCUGAUCGAGACGAACAAACCCGCUUUCACCAGUCUAGACGCCUCUGCUGACACGAAGCGAGGCGCCAAAUCAGCGUCAUUUACUGAUGUUCCUAGUAAAUUAAAACGUGGACUCAGUAACCUCGCUCGAGCCUUUCGGAAAGCUCCGACGCUUCCGGAAACAGUGAAGCUGCAUCGACGUGUGCGUAUCGCACAACUGGAGCUACGUCGAUGUGACCAAGCCUUCUUGGAGCUCUGUAUCAACGUCGAUGUACUACAAGACCGCUGUUCCCAACGUGCGCUACCAGCAAGUAGUUCGUACCCGGAGACAUCAACACUCAACCGCUUGCACAACAUGUUUCUGGAUACACGACACCAAGUUCGUCAGUGGGCUACGUCUCCUGUGGCUGUCACCUGUGCUGUCAUUACGGGAUUUCUAUCGCUCUGUGUAGUAUGGGGUGAGCUGACAAUGGGUUGGCGUAGAUCGUCGCUAUCUCUGUUCCGCUUCUUGAUCGCUGUCGAGGUUAAGGAGACGAGUAGUAGUCUACGUAGUGCAACGGAGCUCGUAUCAGCGUUGCUACUCGUGUACUUGGCUGUGUGUUGCUACACAAGUCUCUUUACUCUUCGAUUACCUGGGAAAUACUCGCUACGUGCACACGGUAACUCGACGGAGUUGUGUCUACUGAAGACGUCAAUUUACCAGUGUAGACUACAAUUUGCGUUGGGACAGAACGCACUGCUCCUACUUCGAGGUGGGGGGCUAGCAGAGGGGACAGCGUUCAACACUCUACUAGCGAAUACUCGUGUCGUCCAUGUCUUCGGAAGAGGCUUCGCAGUGUACGCCCCACUGGCAAUGAUCGCGCUGGCAGUGUUCACACUAACCAACGGAUACGCUCGAGUCAUGCGUCGUCUGGGUAUUGAACAAUACGAACAGAUAAUUCCAGGAGAUUCGACGCAUGCUGCUUCUAUCGCGGAAGGUGAGAGGUUGGUGCAGCAAGGACUGGAACGAUUCCGUGUGCUUAUUUCCCGUAAGAAGAAAAUCUACGAGACGGGAGCUGCCGGUGGCGGCUCGUAUGGAUUCACUUCAACUGCUGCUGGGACGCAGUCGCUACUGUCUGACGAGGAGGAAGAGCUCGCUCAACUCAGUACCUCUGAAGGUACCGUAUAGAGCAGAAGUCGACAAACUUUUUCAAAGUUAAGAUAUCUGCAAGAUUAAAUGUUAAUUUCUUUCGUUAAUGCAAUUUUUUUAAUUCUCCA